AUGUCGCUCCCCGGUUUAGAGCUCUCGCAGACCUCAUCAGAGAGGGAGUUUGUCCCCGCACCACCAACACAGAUUACCUUGUCCAAGGGCUCAGAAUGGAGAUUUGAGGUUGCAUUUGGAACAGCGAUACGAGUCAAGCUAUUGGCCGGCACCGCAGAGCUUUUCGGCACAGAACUUGCUGCAUCGCAAACAUAUACCUUCUCCGGGACGAAAGCGGCGAUCUACACCUGGCACGGCUGCACGCUCGAGGUCAGCGCCGGCGAUACGAUAUCGACGAUAGAUGGACUAGGAUCGGGUGGUCUGAACGGCGAGGGGGCGCGUGGCUAUGGCGCGGGCGGCUGCCAGAGCGAGUAUACGGCCGAGGAGACGCCGAUGGUCGAGUAUGCGAAUGUGCAUUUCGCGCUGGAGGCGAUGCGCCAGGAAGCCAAGGCGACGGGCAAGGACGGGCCGCGGGUGCUGAUUCUGGGGCCCGAGAACGCGGGGAAGACGAGCGUGGCGAAGAUUCUGACGGCAUAUGCGACUAAGGUCGGGAGGCAGCCGAUCGUGGUCAAUUUGGAUCCGGCGGAGGGGAUGCUCAGCGUCCCAGGGACGCUAACGGCGACGGCGUUCCGGACGAUGAUGAAUGUUGAGGAGGGGUGGGGAAGUAGUCCCAUGUCGGGGCCGAGUGCGGUGCCUGUGAAGCUGCCGUUAGUUUACUUCUAUCCGUUGCAGAAUCCGCUUGAGGCUGAGGGUGCCGUCUAUCGGCCUAUAGUGUCGCGGCUGGCGCUGAGUGUGACGGGGCGAAUGGCUGAGGAUGAGGACACGCGCGAGACGGGCAUCAUCGUCGAUACGCCGGGCAUUUUGAGCGCUGGCAAGCCGGGUAGUCUUGAGAUUAUCAACCAUAUCGUGACGGAGUUUGCAAGCUCCGAACGGCUUUAUAGCACCAUGAUGAAGAACUACGACAACAAGCCGACUUCUAGUGCGUCUGCCGCAGCGUCGGAUGAGCGGAUCACCGUUGUGAAGCUCUCCAAGUCUGGUGGCUGCGUGGACCGCGACGCAGCGUUUAUGAAGUCCGUUCGUGAGUCGCAGAUUCGAACAUACUUCUUCGGCAAUCCAAUUCCUUCCACGGCAUCGGCGGCGCUCUCGAUGUCUGCGUCUUCGACGACAAAUAUUACACUCUCUCCCCAUGCCCAACAGCUCGAUUUCGACUCCUUGGCCGUUUACAACUACACAAUUGCCUCUUCAGAUGAAGACGAGGACGAAUACGAUCCGUCUCAAUUUGGUGCCAGUGAUACAUUCCUUCCCGGGGGACGCAAUGACGCCGAGGGUCCAGAGACCAAGCAUGCCGAGGAGACAUCGUUUACUUCCUCCGUGCCAGGCUUGGGGGGGUCAUCGGGCGACGAUGCAGCAUCAGGCAGCUCGGCUGUACCCCUGAAAAAAGUUCUACCUCCUGCACCGAACACGCUCGCCAAUUCCCUGCUCGCAGUUACGCACACCGCGCCGAACGCCAGUCCGGCAGAGAUCCGCGAUGCCAGCAUCAUGGGAUUCCUCUACGUGGCCGAUGUAGAUAGCGAGAAGGGCAAGAUUCGGGUACUGGCUCCGAUCGGUGGGCGAGUACCGCCAAGGGCCAUUGUCUGGGGUAAGAAGUGGCCUGGAGAGGUGGUUGGGUUGGUGGGAUAG